UGUGGGUGGGGGACAAGUUGAAGUGCUGUGCAAACAGAGGGAGUGAGAGAUGCUGCAAGUGGGAUCACCACAGAUCACCUUUGUUGGCCUUGGAUGUAAACCACCACCCACCGCCCAAGGACAUGCCCUGCAUGGUGUGUCCCUGCUUGUGACUGAAACGCCCCAGGGCUGCCUACAACUCUUGAAAACCUCCUGCAGGCCACCACCAGUCACAGAGCUAUAUUUGGUCACAGGCUCUGGCCACAUCUGUGGCUCUCAAAGCUGUCUUUGCCUGCCACUGAGAAGGAGGGAGGGAAGAGCAGGAAGGAGGGGAGAGAAGGAGGAAGAGAGAGAGGGAGGGAAGGAGGCUGUAUUUGGCAGCUGCCUUCAGAGAGACCAACCGUCAAUGCGGGAGAGCUUCACAAUGUCCUCAGCAACUUCCAGAACCUUUUUGCCCAGCGGCCUGGCCGUCUUUACAACUUUUCCAGAUGUUCUCUUCAUCCCCGAACUGAUAUUUGGGGGCCUCGUCUGGAUCCUCAUUGCCUCCUCGAGGGUUCCAAACGAUCAACUGCAGGGCUGGGUGAUGUUUGUCUCUGUGUUCUGCUUUGUCUUGACUGCUGUACUCCUGUUCCUCUACAUGUGUGGGGUGCAUGGGGACAGCAGCUCCUGGGUCACUUUGGAUGUCAUCUGUCAGGAGACAGCAGCUGUGUUCUACUUCAGUGCUUCUGUGUUGGAAGCCAUUACUACCUCUAUACUUAGCAAUUUUCAGCUUCUGAUCAUUCACCGGGAGAAUAUUUCUGCCUCGGUAUUUGCAUUCGUAGCUACUCUGUUGUAUGUGAUCCAUAUCAUAUACUCUCUCCGCCGAUGGAAAUCAUCCUAAUGAUCUGUCCUUGCAUGUUCUAUCUUGUGGUCACCCUACAAACACAGAAGUUAUCCAAUGACCACAGUUUCCAGGCUGGGAUUAGGGCUUGGUUUUUAAUGUAUAUAGCAUAAACAAGCAGCUUUUUAUGUGGAACCAUGGCAACGAGGACCAAGGGCCUGUCAGAGAAACCUGUCUGCUGACACAAUCUGUUUUUCUUCAGUCUCCUGGUUGGGUUCAACUUGAUGCUGGUAACCAGGGUCUCAGCAGAAAACCCGGCUUAAAUUAGAACAAUACAGCUGGAUUUCAAAUGUCAAAAUCUCCCUGAACCCUUUUGUACCCCUAUGCCUCCACAGUCUUAACUGCUGCCAGAGGAAGUCUGAACGUCUGGCGCUACGCAGCACAAGAAUGAAACCUGGUCAUUUUGGUUGACACGUAUCUGUGUAAGCCUCUUUGCCUUCCUCAUUUGCUGUGCCAAAAGAAUUUUCCAUGCCAUUUUUGAAAAUGCCACUUGUGACUUGUGAGAAGGAGUAAAGGCAAUAUUUAAUUUGCCUCAGGUGCAAUGAAUUCCCUGCAACACCUGAAAGGUACUGCAGAAUUACGAGGCACAACUAUAACUCCAGGAAUUACUGCUGCCAUGAAUUCCCCCGUGAAACACAAGUAAGAAAACAUACUAGAGAUACUACAGCAGAAUUACAUGGAUAAUUAGAAUAACGUCUCAGAUAAGCAGACACAAUUAGCUCUUGUCUUCAGCAUGUGACUGUUCUCACAUAUACUGGCACUGUGUCACUAAUAAAGAUGGAUUUCCUAUGAUUUUGCAACCAGACAAAGGCCAUUGUCACUAACUUCCCCUUACAGUUGACGCAUACAGUAGCAGGGCAGUGCCCAAGAACAAGGCACAAAUCCAGGCACAAAUAAGAGAAUCCUACAAUAACAUGGGUUGGACCUCAAAGACCACCUAGUGCCACCCCUCUGUUUUGGGCAGGGCUGCCCCCCCCAGCUCAGGCUGCCCAGGGCUCCAUCCAACCUGGCCUCCAGCACCUCCAGGGAUGGUGCAUCCACAGCCUCUAUAGGCAGCAAUCCCAAUGCCUCACUGCCUUGUUAGUGAAGAAUUUCUUCCUCAUGUCUAACAAAUCUCCCCUCUUAUAGUUUAACCAUUACCUCUUGUCCAAUUGCUACAGGCACAAGCUAGUGUCAGCAAUCGUUCAUCUGAUCGCAUAAUUUACUCCAGAGUAUUAUGUCAAGUGAGUUAUUUUAAAUGGGGGAAUUAGGCCCAAAAAAGGGUGUUUUCACAUGUUACAGAGAAACCUAAAAUGCAGUGGUAGCAACUUAGUCCUCUAAGCUUUUGGGGUACCUUCAGUCUGAAACUCAUGAGUUAUAACAAGGACUGCUGAACGGAAGGGAAGCGGAACUGGACAUAGAAACACCUCUGUUGUUUCAUAUCCUGAGGGGACUUUUGAGGGUUGAAACUUUUAAACUACAGUACGGAGAAAACACUGGAUUCAUUUUUUUGUCCUUACUGAAAACCAGCCUGACCUGUUUUUUCAUGCUAGUAACAAAAAUGAGCUGAUUGCCAUAGAAGUAGAAAAAGAAAUCCUUUUUCAGAACAGGGAGGCAACUCAGGAGCUGUGUAUGAAGGCACUACUCAAUUCAAGGCACCUGCUGAAAAUUAUUUCAGUAUCACAUCAUCAUGGGGGUUGCUGAUGUCACACUUUGCACUGCUCUGAAUGUAGCACAGAAAUAGAAAUCUUUCUGUCUGGGGGCACAGAAAGAAGCAAAUAUUUGGGGGUCACACUCUGCAGCCUGGAACACAAUGCCUGUGUCAUAUUCCCAUCCAGGUGUGGCCAACACCAUAGCUCCAAGUUUUACCUUAUGUCUCCCUCACCUCUGCAUCCCUGUGCACUACAACCAUUCCAUUUGCAGCCAGUGUCUUGUCACUUAGCCCUGUCCCCUCCCCACCUCACUCUGCUUUACUAUUCUUUUCCCUGCAACACGCCAGUUUGCACCAGUCUGUGCUGGUUCAUUUUUCCAUGCCCUUCCUUUGAGCCUGCUUGAGGGUGCAGGCUUGGGAUGGAGAACAUGGCCAAGCCUCUGCCUAGGACCACCAUGGGGUCGAGAGCAUAGACAAAAACAUUUUACGAAGCAGCACUUCACAGCACUUCAAAAGCACAGGGCUUUGAAACCCUCCGUGUGGCCCCAAAUUUAACCCCACGCAGCCAACCUGUUUGCAGGCAAAUGACUGUUCCUACACGAGGAACAGCUGAGUGAGAGGGAGAUGCAGCAGUGCUGCAGGUGAGUUGCAGCAACAGGCAUAUUCCAUGCAAAGAAAAACAGAAAAAACCACUCUAAGAUCUCCACUGCCUGUCACACCCAGCCCUUCCAUCCUCUCAGUACAGUAUGAGGUCUGUCAUGCCCUCUAAGCUGGGCAGCCCACAACUGAGUUCACCCAAAGCUUCACCAGGCUGCUUGGAUCACAUCCAUUUGGGAUCUGGAUGUCUCUAUAGACAAAGAUAAGUUCCUAAAAAGCAAAAGUCAGGUAUUUCUGGACCCCUAGCACCUGAUCUCUAACAUCCUCUCCAUCUGCAGAAUUCCCUUGAAGAUGUAAGUAAGAGCCCAUUUAAAAAGCCAUAAACCAGCCUUCUUCGGAGCACUUAAAAUCCAGUUUCCUCAGCAAAACAAGGGUCUGCAAGCAUGCACUCUAGAGAUCAGGCAACUAUACUGUAGUUAAAGACAAACCAGCCACUUGAAGGUAUGUAAAACUUCAGGUCUUUUGAUGCAAACAAGAUUACAAAUGUACAUCAUUCAUUAACUAUGUCCAGAUUGUUAUCUUGGUUGUUCUUGCUAAAUUGAAGAAUGCCUUAACUGUAAUGUUAGUGGUUACCCAAAUAUUUGCAUACAGGUACCUAAAUUACCUUGCCUCCAGGGAUGCACUGAGUUAGAAGCACUUACGUUUUCUCCCAAAUUGCAGAAUUUGUU